UGGAAGUAAACAGCCAAGUCACUUAAAACAGAGCCAGUGCCUGUUGUUGGCGGGAGAGAUUCAAGAAACGCAUUGUGAGCUUUCCCUUCCGCUGCUCUACUGGAAACCUAGUCCAAGAAGACAACGACGAAGGUUCUUUAUCAAUUAUCGAAGGUCGCGACGUUCUUCUGUUAUUGGUGUUUCGUUAAGGGAAAUAUGUUUAACGGUAACGGAGGUUGGGGCGACUUUAAUGGUAACGGAGGUUGGGGAGGCUUCAACGGAAGAGCUGUAUCGGAUGACGAGGUAGAAGAAGCCCAAGAUUUUGAUGUAGUCCAAGAACCAGGGCGCUUUGAUGAUUCAGAACCAUUUUGGGCUAACGAGGAAGAUGUGGAAGAGAUGUGGAAUCUUUUCGAUAUGAAAGAGAUUCAAGAGAUUCAACAGAUCAUAGGCAAUAAUAAUCAUCUCGCUUUGCAUCAGAUGGAGGAUCAUGUGAAUCAUCCCGGUUUGCAGCAAAUAGAGAAUAAUGGGAAUCAUCUCAGCCUGCAACAGAUAGUGCACAAUGGUGGUGUGGAGCCAACAGAGAAUAAUGGUGGUUUGCGGCCGAUGCUAGAGAACAUCGAAGAGCAGCUCAAUUUGGAAGAUGAUCCUGGUUUGCAACAGAUUACUGGUUUGCAACAGCCACCGCAUGUCUGUAAUGGAUUGAUGGAUAAUCUCGUUAACUUGGAAUGGCUAUAUAUUCUCACUACAAUGAAUCAUGAACCAGGACGUUCUGGCGGUUCACAAGCGCAUAAUGGUGGAGUGAUUGUUGAUUUUAACGGUUUAGGGGAAUCAGAUGAAGAGGAAGAAGCAGCAGCAGCUUUUGGAGAAAUCGCAGAACUCGAACCAGAAGCAUUGGAAGAUUUGGGACCAUACUGGGUUGACGAUGUAGACAACGGGCAAGAGCAGUGGAAUCUGUUAAACAUGGAUCCUCCUCCAGAUGAGUUUUUUGAUGGCGUGGACAAUGAUAUUCAAGGAAUGUUUGGUGGUGAAGACUGAAAUACAUAUUAUUCAAAUUGGUUGUGUGAGAGCAUAAUACGAUUUUCUCUUCUUUUUUUUCUAGAUUUUACCAAAAGUGAAGAUGUGGGUUCAGUGUGGGUUAUGAUAGU